AUGUUGUCGUUUUGCCUUUUGUUUUCUCCUAGUGUAACGCCAUGGAUAUGAUGUUGGAGGGAACCUCAGUGUAUUCUAAUCCAAUGUCGAGCCAUUACGUUUCUUAUCCGAUGCAUAUUCCACCUCUACAUCAUCGAUUCCCCGAGAAAAGCGGGACUUACUCAAUUGAUGCUGGUUUCGAUCAAUCUCCAGACUUGAAAAAAAUUUACGAUCACUAUACUAAAGGAAAACCUUCCGUUCGAGUAGUUUCGCAAUUGUCUCCUAAAGAUUUUGCUUCCUCCACGGCCAAGCCUGUGACUGUGCUGAAAAAGAAGGUUGAAUAUUUUCAACUCUUACCGUCUGUUGUAUCAGUGUCUUCCUUUUAUGGUGUUGAUAGAACAAUCGAUUGCUCUGGACUUGUAAUUGAAUGGGAUGCAACUAAAAAUGAAGCAGUCAUUUUGACUUCGGCAAAACUUCUUUUAAGCCCCGUCCGUGAAACUCGAGAAAAUUAUAUCAUUGUAAGGCUGGCAGAUGGAAAUUUAUUACUUGGGAAGGAAGAUUAUGUUGAUUAUCAUCACAACCUUCUCACCCUCAGGGUUAAGUCAACAAUGGAAAUUAAAGCGGUAGACUUGAGGUCUAAGCAAGUUGAUUGGGGUGAUCUAGUCGAUGGAAUGAAAGUGACAACACUAGGUCGUAUGUUUCCCUUCUGUAGCUUGUUUGACCAUGGCGGAGAGUUACUUUUGCAAUACCCUUACUUUGGUUGUGGAGAACUUUUGAGAUCUUCUUGCCAUGUUCAUCCGGAGACCGAAGGAGGACCACUUAUCACUGAUGAUGGAUUUGUGGUCGGGAUUAACUUUGUCGAUAAUUACGGUUUUGGCAAUCCACUUCCUACUCCAGUUAUCCUAGCUAGCUUGGAUUUGUGGAAGUCUUAUAGGACUAUUGUGCGACCGUGGUUUGGAUUUAGUGUGGUUGACUUGCAUCAGUUGCCUCUUGCUGCAUGGGAGAGAUUUAAUGUAUCCCCAACUGACUCAUAUGUUGUUGUCAAAGAGGUAUAUAAAGGUUCAAUUGCUUAUGAAAAAGGUGUAUGCCCUGGUGAUUUAGUUACUACAUGUAAUGGAAUUGCGAUACAUUCUGCCAAGCAGUAUUUGCAGCUAUUGUUCGACGGAUCCUAUAUGGUGACUGCUAGUGGUGAUUCUAAUAUGGUUCAUCAAAGUUUUAAAGUUGUUAUUCAAUCAAAUGAUCGUCAUAUCGGUGAAAUUAGCAUCGAAGCUGAUAAUGUAGUUGUUGUUCAUAAGAGGUUUUGUGAAUGUUGGCUUUGUUUAGAAACUGAGUGGACAUUCAAUAAAAUUGGAUCUCAAAGAAAUGUAAUUACCAUUCACAAAACCUCUUAUCAACAACAACUACAUUAUCAGCUUCGAUGCUAA